UGUAUCCAAAUCCCCGCCCCUUCACCCUCUCCCAGCCUGUCGUGCUUUAACGGUGAAGAACACAAACGGUACCGGAGCGGAUUUAACGGGACCGGAUGGUGCACGCGCUCAGCCCGCUGUGUGUGUAUAUGUGUGUGUGACGGUGGGGACAGAGGAAUGUGGAGUUUACAGAAUGCACGUCAGCGCCGGACAAAGAUUUAAACCCACCAAAUAUAUCCCAGUGUGCACCGCGGCCGCUCUGUUGGUGGGCUCCUCUACACUGUUCUUCGUGUUCACGUGUCCAUGGCUGGCGAAUGUUGUAUCUCCCGCGGUUCCUGUUUACAAUGGUGUGGUGUUCCUCUUUGUUCUGGCUAAUUUCAGCAUGGCCACCUUCAUGGACCCGGGUGUGUUCCCCCGAGCGACUGAGGAUGAGGAUAAAGAUGAUGAUUUCCGAGCUCCACUCUAUAAGAACAUGGAAGUGAAGGGAAUUCAGGUGCGGAUGAAAUGGUGCUCCACCUGCCACUUCUACAGACCACCACGCUGUUCACACUGCAGUGUGUGUGACAACUGUGUGGAGGACUUUGACCAUCACUGUCCUUGGGUGAAUAACUGCAUCGGUCGGAGGAAUUACAGAUAUUUUUUCCUCUUCCUGCUGUCUCUGAGCUCCCACAUGGUGGGUGUGUUCUCAUUCGGCCUGCUGUUUGUCCUCAACCACUUGGAGCGUCUCACGGAGCUGCACACUACCAUCACUAUGAUAGUGAUGUGUGUUUCUGGUCUGUUCUUCAUCCCUGUUAUGGGACUCACUGGGUUUCACUUAGUGCUGGUGGCCAGAGGGCGCACUACUAAUGAACAGGUAACGGGGAAGUUUCGGGGAGGUGUGAACCCUUUUACACGUGGUUGCUGUGGCAACGUGAAACAUGUUCUGUGCAGUCCUCUAGCUCCAAGGUAUAUAGUAGACCCCAGGAAGAAGCCAAACAUCCAGAUAAACCCCCCGUUCCUGCGCCCCGUUGUGUCUGACCGUAACGUGGUUGUUAAAGUGAGUGAUAACGGAGUUCACACUAACAUCCUGAGAUCAAAGUCAAAAAACAGUCUGGAUGGUUUGGGGGAGAAAAAUGCAGAUAUUCAGCCUCCUCUUCCUCCAAAAGCUGAGCGUCAUCAUCAUCUUCAUCAUCUUCAUCAUCCUCAGCAGCAAUUCCAGAGUCAGCUGACAUCCAGUGAAGAAAGUUCCCUGUCCAGUAAAGCCACCACUCCGUCCACUCCGGCCAUGUACAAAUUCAGACCAUCGUUCGGGACGAUGCCCAAAGUGCACUUUAACGCUGUGGGAGAGAAGAUCUCCAUGUCUGAAGACUCAAAAUCGUCGGCCAUCUUGGAAGAGCGAGCUCACGACUAUCGCUCCGAGCCCAAUCUGGAUUUCCCGGAUUACGGUGGUGCUGAAGUCCCUCCCCUUCAUCGCCACUUCCUGUCGUCUCCGUUCCAGCUGGACUCGUACAGCCUUAAACAUGCCGGCCGCAGAGAUGAACCCAUGAAGCUAGGGGGCGUCAAGCCCGAUUCGGUCACGUCCACACCUCACAGGGGCGUGUUUACCUCUGGGACGAUGUCCAGUCGCAACGCCAGUCUGUCCUACGACAGCUUAUUAACACCCAGUGCAGCCAUGGCUCCCUCUGUGCCCUUCCAUUCGCCCUUCCUGCCCACGAAAACCUGCCAUGUUCGUCGUCCUGAAUUGCAGCGUCAGCAUUUCCCCUCCUCCCCUUACAGCCCCACCCGGGUGGGGUACCUGUACAGUCGGGAGCGAGAGAGAGAGCGAGACGCUGAGAGGGAGCGAGACAGGGAUUCGUCUCCUGUCCGCUAUGAUAACCUGUCCAAAACCAUCAUGGCGUCCAUCCAGGAGAGGAAAGAGCUGGAGGAGAGAGAGAGGCUCCUCCUGCGUCAUGGACACACUCACAGCCACAUCCACAUUUACGCCAACGAUUCCGGCGUCUUUGAUGGACAUUGUCCUGCCUCCAGAGGGUCUCGUGACGAGCUCACCAGGGUCGGGGUGAUGUCCUUCAGCCCUCGUGCUGUCCGCUCCUCUGCGUUGUCACUGGCACGAGCUCACAGAACGUCCACUUCCUCUCUACACAACGAGGUGGGAAACGGAGGGGGCGUCUCUCAUCGCUCGCCAUCCCAUCAGCCCCCUCUGUCUCCAUCACCUUCUCCUCGUUCUCCUUCCUUUUCUCACCAUAAACUGUCCUUAAUCGGUGCAGUGGAGAGAGCCGAAUCACCUCACCUGAGCCACAGGGAGGAACUGAAUCGAGGGAAAGUUAACGGACAGCCUAAAGGGCAGAUGCGAGACUGCCACCUGGUGUCACACUCCGGACCGCCACUCAGCCCGAGCGUCAAAAAGGUGACCGGAGUGGGCGGGACUACGUACGAGAUAUCGGUGUGACGGACACCUGGAAUAGUCAAUCCAUACAUGAGGAAUACUGCCAUGGCAACCGACACUACCACCAGUGACAGAGCCUCUAUUUCAACCAAUCAGAGCCUUUUUUUCACAGGGGCUGACAGCCAAUCACAGCUGGUCUUUCACUAUUCUGGUCCAAUCAGAGGAGGAGGUGGUCCUUCAAUGUCUGGGUGUUUCUCGUUGGUGAUCGCAGCAUCUUGAGGCCAAGACAUUACUGUGUGUGUGUGUGUGUGUGUGUGUGUGUGUGUGUGUGUGUGUGUGUGUGUGUGUGUGUGUUUGUUUAAAUUCAGGAGUUUUUAUGUAUCUCUUUAUUCCAGAAAAAUGGUUUAAAUAGCUACAAAGAAUAACAACCCCUUCUGAAAAGGGCUGAAGUGUCCGUUAACUUUAAUAUCUAAUUCAAAGGUGCUCUGUGUGUGUGUGUGUGUGUGUGUGUGUGUGUGUGUGUGUGUGUGUGUGUGUGUGUGUGUGUGUGUGUUGUAGGCCACCACCUUCUAGUAUCAUCACCACCACCAUUUACACCCAGCAUUAGAGUUAGCGUUAGCAUUCAGUCUGUUUUUAUUCUAACUGAAUUUUCAGAAAUUCGUAGAUAAAAAAAGUAAAAAUUAAAUAAAUAAAAAUAAAAGCUAAAAAUGAAAGUGCAUUAAUCACGGACCUGUCACACACCUCAGAUCUCCAUGUUAGCGCUCUGGCUAGCUGAUGGUGGCCAUGUUGCUCCUCCGUCUCUGUAAAAUAAACAAUAACGAUCCUGCUGAAAAUUAUUGGCACCCUAUAGAAAAUUCAUUCAUUCAUAUAUAUAGUUUUAUUUUACAUGUUUCAUUCUGAUGUUCAUGCAGUUUAUAUAUAUAUUUAAAUAAAGUAUUGAGGCUGCUGAACUUCAUCAGGAGGGUUUUUCAGGAAGGGGGCCAAUAGUUUUUUCCCGCAUAUGAAGCACACAGAAUUAUAUGUUGACGUUUCUCUGUGUGUGUGUGUGUGUGUGUGUGUGUGUGUGUGUGUGUGUGUGUGUGUGUGUGUGUGUAAAUCUGAUGUUAGCUUGUUGCAUGUAUCAUGUUAGUUGAUUAAUUCUGCCUGUGAGCUCGAUGUAAAAUAAUGAGAAAAAAAUUUAUUCUGUCAUGUAACAUAAAUCAGUGUUAGUCGAUCAGGGGGCACAUACUUAUGAUCAGUCUGCCUGUGCGGGGUGGGAGGUGGGGUGUUUCAGUAGUGCACACUUUGUUCCCUCUCUAGGGCUCUAAUAUGGAGAUCUCUGGUUACUGCAUGACAUCAGACACGGUUGUCCUCCCUCUUCAGAAAUGUAUAAAGAGUUAACUAGAGUCAGGACUAUUGAUGCGGCAGGGCUUUAUUACCUUAGUACUGCUGUGUGUUUAUACAUGAACACUGCAGAGUAAACCUACACAUUAACAUUAAACUUUACCCUGAUUAACCCCACCCACACCUGUCACCCUGACACUGACCCUGUCACCUCCACCUGCCACCCUGACCCCACCUGUUACCCUCACCCCACACGUCACCCUCACCUCCACCUGCAACCCUGACCCCACCCCCACAUGUUACCCUCACCUCCACCUGCCACCCUGACCCCACCCGUCACCCCACCCCCACCUAUCACCCUGACCCCUCCCCCACCUCUCACCCCACCCCAACCUGUCACCCUGACCCCACCCCCACCUCUCACCCGUCACUAUUAGAUCAUUUUAAUCUAACACAUUAGUUGCAGUAUAAAUUCCCCAUGUCCUGCUUCUGUAGAUCCUGUGCUGCUGUUUACUGUAUUUUCGGUGCCACCAUGUUAGCGACACAACACUAGUGCUAACACUAUCACUGUGUCACGAUCACAUAAGCCGUGAAAUCCCGCAUCACGUCACAGCCUGUACAAUGGAAUAUUUUUUUAUUUCAAAAAUCUCUAUUUUGCCUAAACCCCAGAGACGUGACGUGACCCCUGCUGUUCUCUAAAGGACGGCGUCUUUAUCCUCUUUUAGUUUUUCUUUCAUUUCUUCUUCACUUUUUCUCGGUAACGUCCCACACCUGAGAUGAUUAACGCAGGUGUGUCGGUGAUUCUUAUUCAAAUAUUUCACUAUUUAACCAUCGCACUUGACACUGUAUUAAAAUAAAUUAAAACUUUCAUACUUUACUUUUAUACCAUAAAUAUAAAUAAAGCUUAAAGAGUUACAUCAUCUACAUGAGUGAGUAAAUGUGUGUAUCAGAUUUUAUCACUUUAUAAGAUGUUGUGUGGAAUUGUUUGGCCUUCGACAGGCUGUCUGGAACAGCAAAGCAUUCUGGGAAGAAAAAAGUACUUGAUGUGUGUAAUUAUAGACGAAGAGGAAUAAAAGAUUGUUGUGUUUAAAUACAGAUGUGUUCUGAAGAAAUAAAAGUAUUAUAGUUUG